UUGUUCUCAACUGUCCGAGCAGUGUUGCCCACGACCGGUUAAAGUUGUUCUCAACUGUCCCGAGCAGUGUUGCCCACGACCUGUUAAAGUUGUUCUCAACUGUCCCGAGCAGUGUUGCCCACGACCUGUUAAAGUUGUUCUCAACUGUCCCGAGCAAUGUUGCCCACGACCUGUUAAAGGUGUUCUCAACUGUCCCGAGCAGUGUUGCCCACGACCUGUUAAAGUUGUUCUCAACUGUCCUAAGCAGUGCUACCCACGACCUGUUAAAGGUGUUCUCAACUGUCCUAAGCAGUGCUACCCACGACCUAUUAAAAGUGUUCUCAACUGUCCCGAGCAAUGUUGCCCACGACCUAUUAAAGGUGUUCUCAACUGUCCUAAGCAGUGUUGCCCACGACCUGUUAAAGUUGUUCUCAACUGUCCUAAGCAGUGUUGCCCACGACCUGUUAAAGUUGUUCUCAACUGUCCCGAGCAAUGUUGCCCACGACCUGUUAAAGUGUUCUCAACUCUCCCGAGCAAUGUUGCCCACGACCUGUUAAAGUUGUUCUCAACUGUCCCGAGCAAUGUUGCCCACGACCUGUUAAAGUUGUUCUCAACUGUCCUAAGCAGCGUGGCCAAAUAA